UCGAUUGUAUGUGCAUAUUGGUGGCAACGAAAAAUGCGCAAAACUUCAUUUUGGCUUCGUCUUGCUCAUUAUCAACGUCGUAUAAUCCUUGCCAUUUUAAUUUAUCCGUUAAUGACUUUCUAUAUUCUUAUAUUUAUAUUCAUUAUAUCUGUUUAUUUUGUGUUGAUGGAACGACGUCGCAUUGAUUUAACUCAUUAUCUCUUAUAUGCGUGUUUCAAGUUCAUGGUGGCCACGAUUGCUCAUAUUAAUCUAUAUACACUAUCAAAGUGGAAUUCAGUCUACUGGCGUAAGAAUCUCGUUUUAACAGAAGAUGAGAAACAAGAAGUAGGAUCUCAAAAGCAUAUUCGAUUUCCCAUGCAUCGUGACAUUAAUAAAUGUUUGUCUUCGAAUUCGAUAAUAUCGAACGUUCAUCCGGCUUCUCCAAUGCUCACGAAUUUGGACGAGAACUGAUGUUUUUAUUUUAAAAUAAACUAAUUACGAUUUAUUUGACUCAUAAGAAUUCAAAUAAAUAAUUUGUUUUGAGAGAUGAAAUAUUUUUCUCUCAACGAUAUAUUAUGAGAUAAUCAAUUAACACUAUAAUCAAAUGUGUUAGCUCAAUUCAACACAUUCAUUGACUUUGAAUCGACUUCAACAACAGAACAAAUAGAAUUAAUCGAACUCAAAAUGUGUUGAUUUUAAUUUGUUUCAGAAUCAUUUAAAUAUUCUAUUCUGCGCUUUGAAAUAUUCGACAUAGAACCGACUCAAAUAUCGUAUUUUUCACACUAAUUUACGUUGUGAGAAUCCUGUUAUCAGCGCUAUUAUCAUAAACUAGCCGUAUUUUUCUUUUAUAGUGAGCUUGUGACGUGAUGUCAUGUUUAUCUGGCUUAUGCAGUAGUCGAAUCACUUAUAAAAUGCUCUUAAUCGUAGUGCAUACGGUAUAGAUGAGGAAAAAAGAAUGGGAUCAAAAAACGAAGUUCGCAUUAGGGAGGUUAUAGUAUAACAAAGGGGUCCUAAAAAAAGUGUUUACUAUUCAGAAUAAGGAGGUGUUCAUUUUGGAGAGAUGUUCGCUAUGAGAGGUUUUACUAUAUACUAAAUAAUCAAAUCUAUCAACAAAAUAAAACCAGUAAAUAUAUAGAGUUAAAGUUUUCAUUUUCCACUUAUGAGAUGUAGAACUAAUCAACUGGUGGUGUCACGAUUAUCUGAUAGCUUUUAAUGGUUUACAUUGACGUAGAUAGGAUGUUGUAUGGGAAAGCAUUCAAUAAUUAAAUAUCUUUGAAAUUUUAAUAAAUCAUAUGUCUUUUCUUUUGUACUACAUCAGUUGCCAAAACGUAUCGUGAUCUAUAUUCAGUAUGGAAAACUCGUAAUGAGUUACUGUUGUUUUGAUGGAUAAAUAUUAUUAAUUUGUGGAAAAAAAUGUCCAUUAAAAAUAAAUACACUUAUCGUUUGAUUUCUUUUCUUUUCUAAAUUUUAUGAAGUAGAAUAUAAAAGACUCAACAUUUACCUUGUCUAUUUACAACAACACACAUGAAAGCAGCAAUGAUGUAAAGUAGCAAAAGCAAUUUCUUUUUAUUGAAGAUAUAACUAAAUAAAUACAUUUAUUCUCAUCUGUAAUGCUAUUAGAAAUACUUCAGAUGUUUCAAUUUGAUGUUACUUUUAUAUUUCAUACUUAACAACAUUCAGAAAGCACACAGAUUUAAAUAUGCAGCAAAUGAAAAAUGUAAGGACAAAAGUGUUGAUAGAAAAAAUAAUUAUAUUUUAAGAUAUUUACUUUUAAAGAAGAAAUACUCAAAACGAUCAUUAUUUUAACUGAACUAUAUUUUAGAGCGCGUGAAUAGGGAAAAAAAGAAACAAAGCGAUGUCUAUUCACAUUUUUCCUUCCAUCUCGCGAGAAAGGAAAACGCAUCACCACUCUGACUAUCAUCACCUAAUAAAAAUGAUACAAUUAACGUUCUUACUGAUUCUGACAAUCACUGCUACUAAUAUUGAUUGUUCAAUACGUAUUGGGUAUAUUCGUAACACAAUAUAUCGUUCCAAUACCAACAGCACUCUUAUGUCAUACAAUGACACAUGCUCUGAAUGUCUUUGCAGUAUAUUGUCUACUGGUUCGUUACUACAAUAUGUAGGUUUGAAUUGUUAUCAGAAUAAUAAAACGUGUCAGCUAUUUGCUAACUAUUCGUCGUCAUCAGAAAUACGGACGAAUGUUAACUCAACAUUUAUAAUUAUACAGCAACCACUAUUUCAAAAUACAAUAACAUCAAUAACAACACCAGUAGAAACAACUACGACAGUUGAAGAAACUAUAAUAGUAGAAACACAACAAGUCACAGAAUCACAAACCACAACUUUACCAACAACAAUCACAGCAACAGCGGAAAUUACAACACAACUAUUACAACAACAGCCACCACCACCACCACCACCACCACCACCACCACCACCACCACCACAACAACAACUAGUACUACUACUACUACUACUACUACUACGACAACAACAACAGCAGGUAAUUAAUAAUAUCGUUCGAUUUCAAAAUCAAUCAUAUAAUCUGAUGGAAAAUAAAAAACUUGAGCACGGUUUCUGUAGUGCACCAUUUCCGUUGAGUGGCGUUACAGUGGCUGGGUAUGGAAAUGGCACGGCUGGGAAUGACAACAAUGGUUUACAAUAUCCCUGGGGUGUUAUACCCACCACAGACGAUUUCCUGUACGUUGCUGAUUUUCGUAAUAAUAGAGUGAUGAAAUUCAAAGAAGGAAACUUAACAGGAACGAUGAUUGCCGGCACAGGAGUGAACAGUAAUGCCAUGAACCAACUAUAUUAUCCAGCAACCAUAGUUCUCGAUGCUGCUUCGAAUCUUUACAUCAAUGAUAAUUUCAACUACAGGGUGAUGCUCUGGCGUCAGAAUUCAAUAUCUGGUGUCAUGGUGGCGGGCUCUGGAUUAGAUGGAUCAUCAACAAGUCAGAUUGGUUACGCAGUUGGAUUGGCUGUGGAUUCGCGAGGAAAUAUAUAUGUAGCUGAAUAUCAAAACCAUCGAGUAACGAAAUGGGCUCCAAAUUCCACAAAUUGCACAGUGAUAGCUGGCACGACAGGGAUAGCGGGAAGUACUAAUCAGCUACUAAAUCAGCCGUACGGACUGUUUCUCGAUGAGAAUAAUUCUUAUCUCUACAUUGCUGAUAUGCUGAAUAAUCGAGUUCAGCGAUACACUCUUGGUAUUACAGCCAAUGGUACCACAGUAGCUGGCGGAAAUGGAGUAGGAAAUAAUAGUAAUCAACUCAAUCAGCCUUAUAGUAUUUAUGUUUCCCAGAAAACAGGCGAUAUAUACGUUGCCGACAAAGCAAAUAAUAGAAUUCAAUGCUGGAGUCCGGGACAAACAAGUGGAGUAACGAUUACUGGAAUAACCGGAGAAGUCCUAGGCAACGCGACGGGACUAUCGGCACCUGGCUAUGUUACUUUAAAUGCAAACGAAAGCUUUAUGUAUGUAGCCGAUAGGAACAAUCACAGGGUGCAACGAUACGAACUACCAUAA